AUGUGGAUUAUCAACUGGUUCUACGAUGUUCUGGCCUCUCUUGGCCUUCUGAACAAGCACGCCAAGCUUCUCUUUCUCGGUCUCGACAACGCCGGCAAAACCACCCUCCUGCACAUGCUGAAGAAUGACCGUGUCGCUGUUCUGUCACCCACCGCACACCCUACCUCGGAGGAACUGGCCAUCGGCAAUAACCGCUUUACCACUUUUGACCUGGGUGGUCACCAGCAGGCCCGCCGUUUGUGGAAGGACUACUUCCCUGAGGUCAGCGGUAUUGUCUUCCUUGUAGACGCCAAGGAUUACGAGCGAUUCCCCGAGUCCAAGGCCGAGCUCGACGCUCUCCUCGCCAUGGAGGAGCUUGCCAAGGUCCCCUUCCUCGUUCUCGGAAACAAGAUCGACCACCCCGACGCCGUCAGUGAGGAGGAACUCCGCCAUCAGCUUGGCCUGUACCAGACUACUGGUAAGGGCAAGGUGCCUCUCGAGGGUAUCCGACCCAUUGAGCUGUUCAUGUGCAGUGUCGUCAUGCGACAAGGUUACGGCGAGGGUAUCCGCUGGCUCUCUCAGUACGUCUAA